CCGUUGGGCCCUUGUAUCCCUGUGGCACAAAAGACAAAAAUCAUGGCGAUGUAUCUUUCCAUGUUCAAGAGAAGAUCCACUCUGGUUUUGCACAUUUCGAGAUCAAUCGUGGAAACAGAGAGUGAAUCUUCCCCUACCCACGGCCACGACCGAACUCGGCCGCGGCCAGGGGGGAACAUAGGUGAGGACGAUGAUGAUCCCGGCUAUUCCCUGACAUGCCGACAUGGUGACGACGACGACAAGGGCGGUGACGGUACACAGCCUGCGGGUGGUUUACAGAGGUCCGAGAGACACCGUGGUGACCGUUGCAGUGGUGCAGGCAGGGGAGGCAUCGGGCCGGGUGUUGGGGGUGCAGGGCACACAGUGAGUGACACAGGUGGUGCAGACCGUGCUGCUCGAGGACGGGGGAGGCAAGAGUACGCAUCGUUCACUCGCACUGUACACUGGGAUGAUGAGGGUGCCGCGACAACACAGGUUGCUGCCGCGUCGGCAGAGGUCGCUGCCUCCCCUGCAGAGUUUACUGAGGUUGCAGCCGGGUUUGUAGAGGUUGCUGCCGCCUCGACAGAGGUUGCAGUCGGGUCUGCAAAGGUUGUUGCCGCGUCUGCAAACGCUGUUGCAGCGUCGGCAGAGAUUGCAGUCGGGUCUGCAGAGGUUGGUGGUGCGGCUACAGAGGUUGGGAGGGCAUCUGCACAGUUGAGUGCCACUUUCAGCGAUGACAUGUUUGGUGCUUCAUUGGGGCCUCCUCCGACGCCGAUAGGCGAGCGUGGUAGUGGUGGUGUGGACGCACAGGCUACGCCCAUCAGUCAAAUCCUUAGAGGUUUGCCUUCAUGCGGCGUGGGUGGCAUCAACAGCAGCAUGUUGCGGGAGGAGCGAGUGCCAGAGUCGAAGCAGGAGAAGACUGGCCGCGAGGAGAGGGAAAGGGCGCUGGAGUUGGCUAGGCGCUGCGAGAUGACACAGACUAUUGCAGCGAGGGCACGUGUAGAGCGGAUGCUCGAGACGGGUGAUGGUGCGGGCCAUUGUACGACGGAGGAUGCAGAGGUUGAGUGUGGCGGUGUGGUCAGUGGGGAUGCAGGCGAGAGACCUGCAUCGUCAGUUCAUGGUGUUUGUGUAUUGCCAUUCGUUGGAGCUUUGUCGGCGGGGGAGUUAGAGCGGCAAACACGGGAGGACCCAUUGCGGGCAGAUCGACGUGGACGGAUGGAUGAGGCGUCAAGGAGGGUCAUGGCAGAGGGCCCUGCUUAUGUGCCGUGCAGCCCGUCAGUGCCAUCGUCUACCACAAAUGCCAUUCUGCCCACACAUGUAGAGGGUUUAGGCACGACACCGAGUCCCUCAUCGGCACCUGGAGGGGAGUCUCCUUCUCCCAAGUCACGAAAGAAGAAGAUGAGAGCAGGAAAGAGUCUUAGUACUAUGAGGAGGGUGACCCACCAGAUGCGGGCGAGUCAACCUGGGUUGGCCGAUUUACAUCCGCAUACUCGGGAGACAUUGUGCAGGGACGUUGUUGCGGAUGCAAUAGGUUGGUGGGAGAGGGCCUCUAACCGGGGGACGGAGCAGACGAUGAGUGCACCUGCUGAGGCGGCGGUGCCACGUCCUGGAGGGCGGACUUCCACUACCGCUAGGGAGGAGCAUGACGAGCGUCACAGACACCCGUCGGCUGGGAGUCGGGUACCGACGAUUUGGAGAUGCUUGUCUGCCAGCGGAAGAGGGUUUCCUUAUAGGCUUAUACGGCCUUCUUCGAGCACGGAGCGGGGUCGAGGCGACAUCACAGGGAGGGAUUCAUGCUCCGGACACGGCGCACAAGCCGGUAGGUGGCACAGGUGGCGGGGAUGGUACCACUAGUCUAUUUUGCCUUGUUUUCGUUGGCCCGUCAUGUUCUACUUUCGAAAUUUCUGCAAUGAAUGUCACUUAAUGCU